AUGUCACGGACAGUUGAGAGGUGCCCCCGCGAUUCGCAGGAACCCAUGCAACAGAGGAAGCUCCCUCCGAGAUCUCAGUGCCUUAUUGUUGUCAAUCUUCCGGAGGCCGGGGCCACUACUGCCCAGGCUCGCCUGGACCACGACCUGCAGCUGCUGAAGUCGCACAUGAUUACCUUGUUUGAUGGCGACGAGGUGGAACCAGCAGCAUUGAUCAGAGUAAAAGCGGCAUUCAAGCAUUGA